AUGGAAAACGAUAUAUUACAUAAUGAGUUUAUGAAGCAAAAACGAAGAGUUGGAGCACCUUCCUAUCAUGAACAAAUACCAGAACUUGUACAAGCAGCACAAAAUGUGCUUGAAUUGAAUGCUAUUGGUGCAGAUGACCGUCGUCGAACAGAUGAAGUUCGUUACAAUGGGCUUAGUACUAAAGAAUUGAAAGCAGCAACCAUUAAUCACUUAAAAGAUCAAUAUCCUCAAAUUAAAAAUAUAUCAGAGUCAACGAUAAGACGUCUUAUGUUACCACCAUGUUCCAAUAGAAAAGCAGCUAUUUAUUAUAAACCUAAAAUAAUUGGUAAAGUUGUUUCAAAAAGAAAUUCGAGACCAUCAUCAAUUAACAAGGAUUCACAUUUUGCAAGUGCACAGGUUAAGUAUUGUCGAGAAUUAGCUGCAUUGUAUCCAGAUGAAAUUGUUGAUUUUUCAUGUGAUAAUAAAGCUAAAGUUCAUGUUGGUACACUUGCUGUUAGCUAUCAUCAAAUAAGGAAAUAUCAUCUAUUAAAAUAUGCACCAAAUUAUGAUGAUCAUGAUUUUCCGGAUUCCGCAAAAUUAACACCAUCGGUGUAUUUGGAAAUUAAACAUCAACCAAGACGUUGUCGCAGUGAAACCCGUUUGCCAAAAAAUCUUCUUGUUAAAACAAAACGUUCAAGAUCAGUAGAUGAAUCUUUAUUUUCAAAAUUAAAACUAAUUACUGUAAUAAUGGUCCAGAUUGGUCACAUAAAUGUGGUGGAAAUAUUUUUAAUUUUGGUACUUUAUGGGAGGAUUAAUUUAGAUGUUCUUAUUAUUAACUCAUAUGCAGCUAAUGACAGUAAAUAUAAUCCAGUUGAAAGAACAUUAUCAUAUUUAUCUAAACAAUUAACCAGUGUUGUAUUAAAUCGUAAAAUGUCAAAUAAAACAAGAGAACAAGAUAAUUUAGAUAAUGCUGUUACAAUAUUAUGCUCAUAUUGGGAUAAAAAAUGUUAUGAUUCGUAUCAAAUAUCAUGUAUACCAGUUACUUCACAUUCAAUACUUCUUUAUAGUGGUCAUAGUGAUAGAAUUAAUUUAUUAAAGACAGAAAAAUAUAGAGGAAAUAGUCAGAAUAAAGGUAUUCAUGAUAAAUUUCAAUUUUUUAUGAAACAUUGUCGUCGUAGUAAAUAUUUAAUAUUAUUCAUAAAAUGCGAUGAUCCAAAUUGUUAUCAUUGUUCAACGAAACCAAUUACUGCACAAGAAACGGUUCACCUCCUGCGAAAGGCUGAUGACCGUUUUCUUGUAUCAAAAAAGAGUAUCUUAAAUCCAAAAAGAUAUGAAAGUUUUUUAGAACGUUGUCAUUCUGUUCAAUCAGGAGAUAAAAACGUGCCACCAGACUACGCUACAAAGAAAGAAACGAGAUAUAUUUCGAAAAUAUUGUACUACAUGUACUUCUCAUUAUGUACAUACUUCAAAAAUAGACGUUAA